UCCUCCGCAGCCCCCCCGGGGGAUAAAUGCCGCUUGACCUUGUGCCGGUCAGUCCCAGGGUCAGAGCCCGAAUGCGGAUGCCCAGCAAGUCUCAGCCUUAAAGCCACGAGGGGCUGUUGCUAUGGGAAUGGAGAGGGGCUCGCAGGCAGCAUCUGGAGCCUGUGCCUUUCCCGGUCCGAGGCAGCUGGAUUCGGAGGGAAGCAAAACUAAAAGGAGGUGGCAGAGAGAGACAGAGGCACAGCAAAAUGCAUGCAUGUUAGAGGAGGGACCUUCCCAGAAUGAGAGUACAGUGGGAUACAGAAGAGCGGGGACACCAAGCUGCCAGGCAGCGGUGGCUCGGCCGGGCAGGAUAGACCCGAUUUUCCGCCCUGAUUGACACUGGAAACAAGUCCGGUGAGAGCCCAGCUGUAGCAAGAUGGGAUCUGCCUCCUCCACUUACCGGCCCAAAUGUAUUUAUUUGGACAUUGACGGAAGAAUUCAAAAGGUGAUCUUCAGUAAAUACUGCAAUUCCAAAGAUAUUAUGGACCUUUGCUGCAUUGCAACAGGCUUACCGAGGAACACGACCAUCUCCCUUCUGACAGCAGACAACUGCAUGGUGUCCAUUGAUCCCACGAUGCCUGCAAACACAGAGAGGUCUCCAUACAAAGUGAUACCAGUUAUGACUGAGCAGCUCUCAGAGAAAGAAGAAUUGUUCCAGAAUUUAUUGGGACAGAUUGCUGAGCAGUUCUCGAGGGUUUUUAAAAUCAAUGAACUGAAAACGGAAGUAGCUAAUCACUUGGCAAUGCUGGAGAAAAAGGUUGAAUUGGAAGGCCUGAAAGUGGUGGAGAUUGAGAAAUGCAAGCGUGACAUUAAAAAGAUGAGGGAGGAAAUGGCAGCGAGAAGCAGCAGGACUAACUGUCCCUGCAAGUACAGCUUUUUGGAUGAAAACAAGAGGCCAGCUCCCCGGCGGGAUGUACCAGCCUACCCAAAGUACAUGCUGUCCCAGGAGACCAUCGAGGCUCUGCGGAAACCAACUUUUGACGUCUGGCUGUGGGAGCCCAACGAGAUGCUGAGCUGUUUGGAGCACAUGUACCACGACCUUGGGCUGGUGAAAGACUUCAACAUCAAUCCUAUCACCCUGAAGAGGUGGUUGCUGUGUAUCCACGACAAUUACAGGAACAACCCCUUCCACAAUUUCCGGCACUGCUUCUGCGUCACCCAGAUGAUGUACAGCAUGAUCUCGCUCUGCAGCCUCCAGGAGAAAUUUUCCCAAAUUGACAUUUUGAUUCUCAUGACUGCAGCAGUGUGCCAUGACUUGGACCAUCCAGGCUAUAACAAUACCUACCAGAUCAACGCGCGGACGGAGCUGGCCGUGCGCUACAACGACAUCUCCCCGCUGGAGAACCACCACUGCGCCGUGGCCUUCCAGAUCAUCUCCCAGCCUGAAUUCAACAUCUUCUCCAACGUGGACCAGGACCAGUUCAAGCAGAUAAGACAGGGGAUAAUUACGUUAAUCCUGGCUACAGACAUGGCGAGACAUGCAGAAAUACUGGACUCUUUCAAGGAAAAAAUGGAAAACUUUGAUUACACAAAUGAAGAACACAUGACCUGUCUGAAGAUGGUACUGAUAAAAUGCUGUGACAUCUCCAACGAAGUCCGCCCGAUGGAGGUAGCAGAGCCCUGGGUAGAUUGCUUGCUGGAGGAGUAUUUUAUGCAGAGCGACCGAGAAAAAUCCGAGGGGCUGCCGGUGGCGCCGUUCAUGGACCGCGACAAAGUGACCAAACCCACGGCACAGAUUGGGUUCCUCAAGUUUGUCCUCAUCCCCAUGUUCGAAACAGUGACAAAGCUGUUCCCAGAAGUGGAGGAGGUGAUGCUCCAGCCUCUGUGGGAAUCCAGGGACCACUACGAGGGGUUAAAACAAAUAGAUGAUGCCAUGAAAGAGCUGCAGAAACAGAAAAGUGAAGGUUUGACCCCUGGCAGCACCGAAAAGUGAGAGGAAACAGCCUUUGAACAAAUAAACCACGAGCCUUGAGGCUACUCUGGUUUGAGAAAUGCUGUGUUGGCCAAGCAGAGGUGGUGGCUACGUCAAAACCCAAGUGGGACCAUGCAGGGAGAGAUGGAUCCACAGCCUGCAGCCUCCCACAGAGCUGCUGCUGCCGCCGGACACCGCGCGAUCCCCAGACUCUGGCAUUCCCUGCACAGCCUCCUGCCAGCAUUGCCCAGGAUCCUGAAUUCCCUGCACAGCCUCCUGGAAGGAUUGCCCAGGAUCCUGAACUCUCACCACAGCCUCCUGGCAGGAUUGCCCAGGAUCCUGAACUCUCACCACAGCCUCCUGGCAGGAUUGCCCAGGCUCCUGAACUCUCACCACAGCCUCCUGGCAGGAUUGCCCAGGAUCCUGAACUCUCACCACAGCCUCCUGGCAGGAUUGCCCAGGCUCCAGCAUUCCCUCCACAGCCUCCUGGCAGGAUUCUCCCUGUGCACAGCUCCACCCUUCAGCAGAUCUGCCUUUCUGCCUGCAGUCUGUAGAGACAAAUCAGAGUUUAGCUAAGGAGCCUUUUCUGGGACAUGGUCCCCUGGCACCAGGGGCUGUUUUAGUCAAGACACUCUCUGUACAGCAGUAUGCUAAUUGCAGCAUAGCUCACCAGAUGCUUGUGCACUGACAAGGGUCCAGGCAUACAUUUUUGUUUGCCUGGUAGGCCCCAAUGACACAUUUCUCCUCAUUAUUCUCUGAAUUUUAUAGUGUUCACAGUACAUUCAGAAGCCCAGCAUAGUGGAUUCAAUUUUCUUUUUUUUUUCCUACACUAGAAGAAAUCAGAAGAAACUGUAGUGAGUUUGCUGGGUUGCUUUGUGGCCUGGUACAGCUGGAUACCAUGGGAUCCUUCAGCACGAGCAAAGAAUGGAGCACAAAGCUGAAAAAACCACGGUGCAAACUCAUUUUUAUCCUUGUUAAUGCAAAAAAAACCCCAACAAGAGACACCUUCAAAGAUGUACAGAUUUUUUUUUUUUACCUUUUAAACCAAUCUGCUAAAUAAUAUAUUCUUCUACAGAAA